AUGGGUUCAGUCCAAAUAACUCAAAUACAACCCCGUAUUCAUGUUGGCCUGUUUUCCUUUCAAUUUAUAACUUGCCUCCUUGGAUGUGCUUAAAAGAACCAUAUGUUCAAUUAAGCAUAGUUAUUCCUGGAAAAAAGAGCCCAGGUCAAAAUAUAGAUGUGUUUCUCAGGCCGCUAAUUGACGAGUUAAAGAUGCUAUAUACAGAUGGUGUUGUCACUUAUGAUGCUUCGACUAAAUGCAAUUUCACAAUGAAAGCUAUACUUCUUUGGACAGUUAGUGACUUUCCUGCUUAUGCAAUGUUAUCGGGAUGGAGCACACAUGGCAAGUUAGCAUGUCCGUAUUGUAUGGGUGAGUCGGGGUCGUUUCGGUUACACCAUGGUAGUAAACCAUGUUGGUUUGACUGCCAUCGAAAAUUUUUACCUGAACAACACACAUAUCGGGGUGACAAAACAGGAUUUCUGGCUAAUAAGGUUGAGCGAUCUAGCCCCCCCACCAAUAUUAACCGGUGAUCAGAUUUGGGAGCAAGUACGACACUUUCCAACUGUUUAUGAAGGCAAACCUUUUAGAGCAAAGAAUGCAAAAUUGCCUGGUUUCGGGAUUACUCAUAAUUGGGUUAAGAGGAGCAUCUUUUGGGAGCUACCAUAUUGGCGGAAGUUGUUAAUACGACACAACCUUGAUUCCAUGCACAUUGAGACAAAUGUGUUUGAAAAUCUUUUCAACACCGUGAUGGACACUCCGAAAAGCAAAGACAACAUGAAUGCAAGAAAAGAUAUAGAAAUGUAUUGCAAUCGAGUGCAAUGGCAUACAUGGAAGAAGGGAAAUAAGGAUAUGAAAAAUAGAGCAUCAUUUGCUUUGAGCAAAGAACAAGUAGCUAAAAUAUGCCAAUGGUUGAUUAAACUUAAAUUCCCGGACGGAUACGCCUCAAACUUGGGGGGGUGCGUUAAUGUAGAUGAUAAUAGCUUUUACAAAUUCAAGAGUCACGAGUGCCAUGUAUUUCUUCAAAGAUUGUUGCCUAUUUCUCUAAGAGGUAUGGUGCCAAACUCAACAUGGGAUGCAAUUACAGAGUUGUGUACAUUCUUUCGUGUAAUAUGUUCAAGGGUGUUACGCGUAGAUGACUUACAACGCUUGCAAACUACUAUUGUUGAAACCAUUUGCAAGUUGGAAAAAAUAUUUCCACCUGGAUUCUUUGAUUCAAUGGAGCAUCUUGUUAUCCACUUAGCUCGAGAAGCUAUGCUUGGUGGUCCGGUUCAAUAUAGGUGGAUGUAUCUUUAUGAAAGGAAAUUGGGAUCAAUGAAAAGAAAGAUAAAAAACCAUGCGAAGGUUGAGGGGUCCAUUGUUGAGGCUUACAUGAUUGGAGAAAUAUCAACUUUUUGCUCACAAUACUUUUUGCCUACAAUUGAAACCCGGUUGAAUCGUGAGUCGCGUAAUUUUGCCCCAGACAUUCCUAGUUAUACCAUGGUCGACUCUCGAUUAAGCAUUUUCAAAGUUCCAUCUCGAAGAUUAUUCGAAAAAAGUGGUCAAUGCAGGCCUUUGACAGAUGAUGAGAUGCGUAUUGCUCAUAAUUACAUCUUGAUCAAUUGUGUUGAGGUUCUACCUUUUUUAAGGUUGUUUGAAAAUUAUGUGAUCCAAAGCCAACCUGAUAUGGAUGAUGGAGCAUUUGAAAGGUUUAGGGAUCAACAUUUUGCUAAGUGGUUUAAAGAUCAUGUUUUUCAACAAUCAAAUGAUAUCAAUCAACAUCUGAAAUGCCUUGCACGAGGACCAUUACGACAUGUUAGGUCCUAUAAAGGAUACUUUGUCAAUGGUUACAAGUUUCAUACUGAAAAAUAUGGUGAUGGACGGGCCACACACAAUAGUGGUGUAUGUGUAAGAGGUACUUGUUACAAUGAGACUGAGUGUGACUAUUAUGGGUUGUUGGAUGAGGUCUUGGAAGUAGAAUAUCAAGGCAUAGGGCGUUGUGUCGUAGUAUUAUUCAAGUGUACAUGGUUUAACCCUACUGAAGGGGUACGUGUGGAUCGAAAGCAUAAUUUGGUUGAUAUUAAAUACAAAUCAAGGCUAAGAAAUGAAGAUCCGUUUAUCCUAGCGUCACAAGCAGAACAAGUGUAUUAUGCACCAUAUCCUGCAAUGAAGGAUUUAAAAGAUUGGUGGGCUGUCGUCAUGACGAAACCAAGGGGUGUAUAUGAUCUACGCCAAUGUGUUACUGAAGAAGAUGAUGAUGAUGAUGAAGAGGACCAAUUCUUUCAAGAAAGUGAAGCGACUUUACCUUCUACAAGUAGCGGUGCAAAUGAGGUGGCACGACCCCUUUCUCAUGUAAUUGAAGGAGAAAUAGAAGAAGUUAAUGACAAUGACAUUGAGAGAGAAGAGGAUGAAGAAGUUGAUGAUAACUUGGAUGAUUCAUCCGAAGAUGAUAUUGAAGAUGAAAACAUAUGUGAUGAUAAUUCUGAUGAUGAGUAAUUACUAAAAAUGUAGAAUGAAACAAUGUAUUUGGAACUAUAUAUUUUGCCUAAUGGACCUUAUAAAUAACUUUUUAGCUAAAAUGAUCGUUUUCUUUUUCUAUAUACAUUGCACUUUCAUU